GAGUUGGGAGAAGUUUCCUCGUUGUGUGAGUGUGUGCGUGUGUGUGUGUGUGUCCGUGUGUGUGUGUGUCUAACUAUAUAUAGAGUGCUGGUGAGCAGGACAGGAUACAAGUUGCCGGCUACACUCGCUACACUCGCUACACUACCUCACAGUCCACCCGCUGUAAUCUUGGUUGCUGGCCGUCCGCAAGAAGCUUUUGCCGCGCAGCGUGUCAGCGCCGACGGAGGAGCGAACCGUUCAAUAGGUUCGGUGCUGGCGGCUCGGAAACAAUUCUGCUGCUGAAACAGAACAGGUCGACAACUGCACACAGCCCAGCCUCAGCCUCUCGUCUCCGUGGUAGGAGUGCGGGGGUAAAUAAUGCCCAGUCGGUGCUGCGAGGGUGUGGAGCUGGGAGGAAGAGUCUUGGUAGCUGCUGUGGAGUUUAGUCUUUGUUGUGCCGGCUGCCAUCAGACGGAGGUAGGACCAUCGGGAGGGACUGAGUGACAGAGGACAGACCGUUGUGGGGAGAGCAUCGCAUGCCAGUACUGUUGUUGCCCGACUUACCACUCGCCACAACACCCCAACUGUACUGCAGGGACUGGAAGCAGUAGGAAAGGGAGACAAGAUAAGGUGAGAAGACAGCACAGCACAGGUGGAUAGCAGCCGUUUGUUGGGCGCCAGGUGUGAACAGUCUACUGGAAAUCUCACAACCUGUCUUACCUGACAUAAAGUCAUUUGGAGGCUGAGUGAAGGAGAUUUGUAGAUACAGAUAAGUCCUGUGGUGAAGUCUUCGUGAGCAUCUCAUCUUGCUCACCGUGACCUGUGAGUGAAUACUGUUGUGACGACAGUGAGGCUCUGGUGUGCACCUGUAGCACAGGAAACAAUCGUGUGACACCUUGAUGCGCCAUCUUGUUGCCCGUGGUGCUAGAGAUGCUGGGAGGUGUGUCAAGAGGCUAGUGUCUGUGUUUUUACUGUCUGCGCUGACCGCAACUUGAACUACAGCCGCCCCACGGCCCGAGUUGAAAGAUUUGAGGUCAGUGUCCUGUCCCUCGUCUCGCCUCGCCCAUGUCUGAGACCCCCAACUCCGUGGACAGCACAGAGAUCAUGGAGCUGAAUGUCGGAGGUGUCAUGUACACCACCAGCAAGGCCACCUUGGUGAAGCUGCAGGACUCGCUGCUUGCCGAGCUCUUCUCUGGCAAAGCAGACGACAAGCUGCCACGUGACUCUAAGGGCAAGUACUUCCUGGACAGGGACGGGGUUCUCUUCCGCUACAUCCUCGACUACCUGCGCAACCUCAAGCUCGUGCUGCCGGAGAACUUUCACGAGCGCGAGCGUUUGAAGCAGGAGGCGGAGUUCUUCAAGCUGACGGACAUGGUCAAGUCUCUGAACCUCAGCCCCAAACCCGUCCUGACCACCCUCCCUGCCCUCCCUACUAUGCCUGCUGUUCCCUCUCCGGCGGGCGUCCUCCGACAGGUGGGAGCCUCGUCCAUGCCUCCCAGCAUGGGUAAGCAGCCCGGGUACAUCAUCGGGUACCGAGGAACCUUCGCCUUUGGGCGGGACGGCCUGGCAGACGUGAAGUUCCGGAAGCUGAGUCGUAUCGUCGUGUGCGGGAAGGUGUCGCUGUGUCGCGAGGUCUUUAAGGACACCCUCAACGAGAGCCGCGACCCCGACCGCGGGGACGACGACAGGUACACCGCCCGCUUCUUCCUCAAGCACACCUUCCUGGAGCAGGCCUUCGACAUGCUGCAGGAGGAGGACUUCUUCUUGGUGGGCAGCUGCGGCAGCGGCACCAACAGCGCCGGGGAGGUGAAGCCAGGGCUGGACACGGAGGAGGCCAAGUGGCAGCACUAUAACGAGUUUGUUUUCGAAAGACGCUGAGUGGACAUUGCAUUCGCUCUCUUUCGUGUAAGAUUAGAAAGUCAUUUUUGUCAUUGUUCAGAUUAGUAACGACUGAAUGAAUACACCUUCACGCGAUUUUAAUCAUUAAGUAGAGCAGACGACAGCCAGUCCGGGAGGAAGGCAGGUUGCGAGAAGAGUGGAGUGUCGGUCGUGGAGCCUUGGCCACCUUUGUGGCAGGUGAAUGGAGUGGCUGUUACAUUAAUGUCCUGGCGGUAGACAGACUGUUGAGCGCACGUGCACAUUGUGACUAAUGCUGAGCUGCAGGGGUUCGAACCACGUAGACCAUCCGGUGCAGUGCGAGCGAACGUGGAGGGGACGAUACAGUUGGUGACCGUGUCUUUGCCUUACAAGGAUCCAACAGGUUUCUGCACCCAGCAACCGCCAGCUGCCGACUGAAGGCGGAAAUGUACUUCCGGUUUGUGUACAGACGACGGUUUUUGUCCGUUGGCGAGAACAAAGGAUGCAUCUUAUCAUUUUUCUGCUGCUGGAUCCCCCCAACCUCCCGCCGAGCGUGUGAAGGACGAAAAAAGAAAACAGAACAAGGAAGAACUGAAGUAUUGAGACGGCGACAUCAAGGACGGAAGUGACGAAAUGACAUUCUUGAGGACGGAAGUGUGACUGCGAGCUGACAUCUGUAUCACCGGCUUUGUUUUUGUGUAAAUGCGAUUUUCUGAAAGUUAGUCUCGCACAGGAAACGUCUAGAAACGUGUUUAGUGACGUCAGCCUCGUCUGGUUGGACAAACUGGUUGACAUGCGCGAGCUCAGUGAGAAAUGCUGCUUGUUGUGUAGACAAGUGUAUUUACUGACAACAGCAGCACACGUGUUGACAGUUGCGACAUCAGUCACGUGGACGGGGGACGCCUGCGCCUCUGCUGACGUAAGCAUGAUUGUUAUGUGACGUAUUCUGUCAUGCAGUGUACACGCCGACACACACACUGUCUGUCUGCAUAGAGAGAGCACAGCAGUCUUAUCGUGAAUGUUUGUUUACAAUUGUCUUGACAACAACAACAAAAGCACGUAGCUAGAGGCCGCCUGUGGGCUGUCACGUGAUGCGCCGUAGUGUGGAGCUGAUGCUCCGCGUCAUCACGUGACGCGCCAAGAACGUAGUGGCAAGAAUGAGAAUACAUUUCAACUGAAAUGCCUUUUACAUGCCCCCUAGAAGACACUAUAAGUCCUUGCAAUAUUCUCUUCACAAACCCCAGGGUAGGUCCUAGCUACCCGGCUGCAGAGAGACAACAAAGCGUCCACCCGACUACAGUCUUUCCACUUCUAGUCACGUAGCUGUUACACAAACUUUCAAAUUCCUUGAAGUAAACAGUUGUAAGCCGCACACACCCACACCUCCAGCUCACAGACAGACAGUUAAGAUGUUUAAGAAGUUACUAACAUGAUCUUCAGAGUUUGGUGGUUAGAGGUAAUUGCAAUUACUGUAAUUAUAGGCAGAACAAACAUG